GCUCGCUGCUCGGCUGCUCCGUGCUCCGUCCGCCCGCGUGUUUCGCGGUACUCGCCGACGACUUUAGCUCGACGUCCUGGUGUUUCUGGAUUGUAAUGAGGCAAGUCAAGUAGCAAGUGGUUGUGUUAGAUGACGGGGUGCUGCGCUUUUGGGUGCAGCCAGAGUUCUGGUAGUGGCAAAAAGUUGUUCGCCGUCCCGCUUCGGAAAGCGGAUCUGAAGAGGCAGAAGGCAUGGCUCCACAUGAUUGGGAGGAAACACUUUGUCCCUACCAGAAGCAGCAAGCUUUGUGAGGACCAUUUUACACCAGAUCAGUUUGAACGUCGGAUCUGGCAGAGCCAUGGCAUCAAAAAACUCAAACCGGACGCUGUCCCUACCAAGUUUAGCCAUAGGCUGCCAAAGGCAGUUCGAAGACCACCACGAGAAAGGGAAGUGGGAAACAUCCAAGGGGAGCCAAUGCAGGAGGAAGACAGCAUCCAGACGCUUCCAUCCCUGGAUUCAACUGCUGCUCUCACAGCACAAGCCUUGCCCACGCAGACAGCAGCCCAAUCCAGCAAAGCGCAAAACUGCGACCAGGAGUCUGUGCCUCAGGCGGGCCCUCCAGUUCGUUCACUGCAAGUCUCGGCACCAAAAUCGAACAUGGCAGGCUCCAUCCUAAUAAGAACCAUUGGUCAGCGCUCCCUGCUUAAACAAAGUGCAGUUCCCUCAUCCCUGGCAGCAGGCUCCUCCGUCCAGCCAUGUACACCGCAGGGGACGACUGCCUCGAAGGGUGCGGUUCCCUCAUUCCUGGCAGCAGGCUCCUUCUUCCAGCCAGGUACACCGCAGGGGACGACUGCCUCGAAGGGUGCAGUUCCCUCAUCCCUGGCAGCAGGCUCCUCCGUCCAGCCAUGUACACCGCAGGGGACGACUGCCUCGAAGGGAGCAGUUCCCUCAUUCCUGGCAGCAGGCUCCUUCUUCCAGCCAGGUACACCGCAGGGGACGACUGCCUCGAAGGGUGCGGUUCCCUCAUUCCUGGCAGCAGGCUCCUCCGCCCAGCCAUGUACACCGCAGGGGACGACUGCCUCAAAGGGUGCGGUUCCCUCAUCCCUGACAGCAGGCUCCUCCGUCCAGCCAUGUACACCGCAGGGGACGACUGCCUCGAAGGGUGCGGUUCCCUCAUUCCUGGCAGCAGGCUCCUCCGUCCAGCCAUGUACACCGCAGGGGACGACUGCCUCAAAGGGUGCGGUUCCCUCAUCCCUGACAGCAGGCUCCUCCGUCCAGCCAUGUGCACCGCAGGGGACGACUGCCUCAAAGGGUGCGGUUCCCUCAUCCCUGGCAGCAGGCUCCUUCUUCCAGCCAGGUACACCGCAGGGGACAGCUCCUUGGACAGGUCAGACGUUUCUUCUAUAA